AUGGAUGGCAGCCCCCUCCGCGACUUCCUUGUGCUCUGCGUGCUCCUGGCGCUUGCCUAUGCCGGCCCUCCGUACCAAGAAGGUCCACCACAACCAUAUACGUCAGCCUGGGAUGAUGAUGAUGAGCUCUCCGCCGCCUCUACGUGCCCUGCUCCGAGGGUGACCUCGCAGACCAUGCCUACACAACAUUGGUGGCCCACUGCCUGGGACUACGAGGACGCGAGCGAGCCGGCUGACACAGGGGUGACAUGUUCUACCUCUUCGCCUUCCUCGACGCAACAUGGAGGUCAAACCCUUGGGGGUGUGACCCUAGAGCAUGGAACAGGUACUACUUCCCGUCCUUGGACGAAUGAAGAGAUCACCGCAUACAUGGCAGCAAGGUGGGAUGAGAACUACAGCCUGGGGCUUGCUCAGGAGUUGGACGCCUCCGAAGUCCAGAACACCACGUUCUACGAUGGUGAAAUGAUGCCACCUCCGCCUGUACCUGAGGACUUGCCGAUGCCGGCGCUGUGGGAGACUCUGCAUGACAGGCAAACUCCAGUGGCUGCUGUCAAUGACAAGUUGAACGAACAAGGAGAGCCCGAGGUGGAUUGGUGGGAGGACAAGAAUGCCGAUUGGUGCUUCCAGUUCAUCGACUUCAUGGACAACUGCGAGCUCGUCUACGUCCUGGACAAGACCGACCACGUCAUCGUCAAGCUCCUCCUCAUCAAUGCCUGCGAGCACUUCUUCGACCCGCCCUGGGCCAUCGUUAUUGACUAUGAAGCGGACAACCGAACAAGCAGCCACGCGACUGGAGACGCCCAGCAGCCCAUGGACACCAACCAGGUACAAGGAGUCCAAGCACUACCCGGCAACACUGAGGCACUCCUUGACGUGAAACUCGUGACCGGGCAGCGCGGCCAAGUUCGAGCGAGCCCACCCUGGCCCUCUCACGGAGACACCAGCGACUCGACCACGGCCGGGGAAUCACCUGUCACCACGGAAGAGGAAAACUGCCAGGGGGACACGGAGGCUUCAUCAUCGGAGGACAACAGACCGGGGGGGUUUUGGCGUCAUGGAUCGUGGGUGAACCGCGAGCGAACACCUAGUGAACAACGCAGCCAUAUGGGUGGAAUGGGACCGCAACGUUCGCAACGGAAACAGGAGAGAGCGGCCGCCUACUUCCGGGGCGAUUGGCGUCCUGCCUGGCUGGUCAACUAUGCGAAGGACAAACAAAGGCGUGAGAGUGCGGCUAUGGCGGCUGCCCCCGCGAGGACGGACAAUACAGGAUGUACGGAUGACGCCGACUCAGCUCAGGCCUCGGCCAGCAACCUCCCUCCCACUUCGACGUCACCGUCUAUGAACUAUGCUGGAGAAGAGGCAGGCAUGGAAGAGACUCCGGUGACCUCCACCCAGACCGAGACGCAGAAUCAAACUGAGUGGUGGAGCACGUGGUAUGGAUGGAAUGAUACAUCGUCAGUGGGUGAUUCUGCCUGGACUACCACCUGGACUACCACAUGGACAUCUACGACUUGGAGCAGCACGAUGACAUCCUUGUUGACGAUGAGCAGUACGAGCACCUCCACAGGUGCUUUCGUGGGGCAUCAAGCAGGAAUGCAUGUGGUGAGUGCACCUAACGAGGAAGUUAGUGACGAGGCGCCCUACUUCCCACCGAACUUCGGCCUCUUCCCCGUCGUCACUGAAGUUCCUGGAGACAUGGAGAAUGCGCAGGAGACGGACCUUAACUUCCUCAUGCAGAUGACAGGGGCGGAACGCCAGCGACUACAGGAAAGAGGAGUGCCGAUGGCAGAAAUCGACAGGCUCGAGGACUUCCUGAAUAGAUUGGAAAAUCACCAAGAUACGGGAACUGGUGCCGAGUCAAGAUGGGCGGUGAGGCGACUGGUACAGCGACUGGAAGAAGGACUGGACAACAUUGACGAGAUCCUGGUGGUCCUCACAAGGAGACUCAUGCCCAGGGGCUUCUUUCCUAUAGAGAGACUGCCAGCAUUGGAGUCCAUGCGGUGGAACCUGUUUCAAUGGGUGCGAAAUUAUGGUGACUUUGCCAGGGACAUCCUACAAAGGCACCUAGCGAUUCCACUGCAAGCAAGUGAAACCGUCGCCUCUCCGCCACCACCACCGGAGAGUACCUCCAGCGUCAUGGGAUCCACUGAGCUUGAGAGAACUGAAACGUCGGUGCCUUCCUCGUCUUCCUCUUCGGGAGUACCUGGCGGAGGGGUGGGAUCCAGAUCCACGCGAAGUCGAUCACGCAGUCCACGUAUCUCUGAACAUCGGACAGACGACGAGGAGACGGAAGAGAUCACGCUGCCAGACCCCUCGACGCUCCCGGGUAUCUGGCGCGACCCUCCAUUGGUUGACCUACGAGGGAAUGACACGAUCUUCGGUGGCGCCAGUUCCUCUACUGCCAACAACGUCGCGCCCGCCCUUGGUAGGAUGGUCACCGGCACAACGACGACGACAGCAUGCCCCUGCUGGGGGGUCGAAAUGGUAGAGGAACAUGUUGGUGAUGAUGACGUCUGCUUCCUCCUGCAGUUCCUCGAGCCGUCACUGGAGGCAGAUGGGGUGAUCUCUCUGACGUCUUCCUCCUCCACAUCUACGACUACAACGACACCAGAGCAGGGUGGGAAUGUUCGGGACAUUGUGAACUUCCAGCUGCAGUUUGCGGGGGACGCGGAUGUGAUUGACGUU